AUGGCUGCCACUCCCACGUUCAAGGUCCUUCUGGUGCUGGUGCUGCUGGUGGCUUGUACCUUGCCGACUGCCGCUGGUCUGCACUACAUCGAGUUUGAUGACAACUGGUGCCACCGCCCCAAUGGCUACCAAAUCCAAAUCCUGAGCGACGCCUUCAAUCAGUGCGAGCCCAACAUGCAAAUCGUCGGCUACGACCGUGACCCAAACCAUUCCUUCUUCCAGUUUUCCAACGCCACUGCCUGCCGCGCCGGCAUCGUCGUUGGCAUGGAAGCCUACACUAGCCACGACUGCUCCGGCCACCCCCGUCGACGCAUUACCCAUCAGGUCGUUGGCGAAUGCUACAGCGUUGAAGACGAUGACGACGCGCGCUCCUACAUGAUUGUCUGUCACGCCGACGCACACUAA